GGACCAUGGAGGCGGCGGCCGCUGCUCCGCGUCCCCGGCUGCUCCUCCUCGUGUUGGCGGCGGCGGCGACGCUGGUUCCGGGGACGAUGGCAUUACAGUGUUUUUGCCACCUUUGUACAAAAGACAAUUUUACUUGUGUGACAGAUGGGCUCUGCUUUGUCUCUGUCACAGAGACCACCGACAAAGUUAUACACAAUAGCAUGUGUAUAGCUGAAAUUGACCUAAUUCCUCGAGACAGACCAUUUGUAUGUGCACCGUCUUCAAAAACUAGGUCUGUUACUACAACCUAUUGCUGCAACCAGGACCAUUGCAAUAAAAUAGAACUCCCAACUGUUGGCCCUUUUUCAGGAAAGCCCUCAUCUGGCCUUGGUCCCGUUGAACUGGCAGCUGUCAUUGCUGGACCAGUCUGCUUCGUCUGCAUCUCACUCAUGUUGAUGGUUUAUAUCUGCCAUAACCGUACUGUGAUUCACCAUCGAGUGCCAAAUGAAGAGGAUCCUUCCUUAGAUCGCCCUUUUAUUUCGGAGGGCACUACAUUAAAAGAUUUAAUUUAUGAUAUGACGACAUCAGGUUCUGGAUCAGGUUUACCAUUGCUUGUUCAGAGAACAAUUGCAAGAACUAUUGUGUUACAAGAAAGUAUUGGCAAAGGUCGAUUUGGAGAAGUUUGGCGGGGAAAGUGGAGAGGAGAAGAAGUUGCUGUUAAAAUAUUCUCCUCUAGAGAAGAGCGCUCAUGGUUCCGUGAGGCAGAGAUUUAUCAGACCGUAAUGUUACGUCAUGAAAACAUCCUGGGAUUUAUAGCAGCAGACAAUAAAGACAAUGGUACAUGGACUCAGCUCUGGUUGGUGUCAGAUUAUCAUGAGCAUGGAUCCCUUUUUGAUUAUUUGAACAGAUAUACAGUUACUGUGGAAGGAAUGAUAAAACUUGCUUUGUCCACAGCAAGCGGACUUGCCCAUCUCCACAUGGAGAUUGUUGGUACCCAAGGGAAACCAGCCAUUGCUCAUAGAGAUUUGAAAUCCAAAAAUAUCUUGGUAAAGAAGAAUGGAACUUGCUGUAUUGCAGACUUAGGACUGGCAGUGAGACACGAUUCAGCCACAGAUACAAUAGAUAUUGCUCCAAAUCACAGAGUGGGAACAAAAAGGUACAUGGCCCCUGAAGUUCUAGAUGAUUCCAUAAAUAUGAAACACUUUGAAUCCUUCAAACGUGCUGACAUCUAUGCAAUGGGCUUAGUAUUCUGGGAAAUAGCUCGACGAUGUUCCAUUGGUGGAAUUCAUGAAGAUUACCAGCUGCCUUAUUAUGAUCUCGUACCUUCUGAUCCAUCAGUUGAAGAAAUGAGAAAAGUUGUUUGUGAACAGAAGUUAAGGCCAAAUAUUCCAAACAGAUGGCAGAGUUGUGAAGCCUUGAGAGUAAUGGCUAAAAUUAUGAGAGAAUGUUGGUAUGCCAAUGGAGCAGCAAGGCUUACGGCUUUGCGUAUUAAGAAAACACUGUCACAACUCAGUCAACAGGAAGGCAUCAAAAUGUAGUUCUGCAGCUUUGCCUGAACUCUACUUUUCCUUCGGAUCUGCUCCUGGGUUUUAAUUUGGGAGGUCAAUUGUUCUACCUCACUGAGAGGGAAUAGAAGGAUAUUGCUUCCUUUUGCAACAGUGUAAUAAGGUCAACGGAAACUCCCCAGGAUUUCUUUGGACCCAGGGUCCUUUCUGUGCACUAUGAACACUUCUUUCCCAGGACAGUUACAAAAUGUUGUGUAGUCUACCUUUAUUUUUUAUUAACACAAAACUUGGGUUUUUGUUUUUUGUUU